AUGAGAAAUGUGCUUUCAUUAAAUAGCCGAUGCCCUCUUCUUCCUUUUCUUUUUAUAAGCGCAUCACUCUUUUAUUGCCUUAAUUGUUUUUUCUUCGUUUCUUUUACCUUAAAUUCAUUUCACAACCUUGCACCCACGGCCCACACCAUUAACAUCUACCCCGGUCUCUUUUUCGCGAAUCUAUCCCAUCCCUACACUCAUCCAAGUCGUCGGUCAGUCCAUCUGGAUAGAACACUCGAUUUUUUUUUUUUUUUUACGCCGGACCUUCACCCUAACCUCCCAUAUUCUUUCUUCUUUCAUUUACUAAUUCCUUCUUCAUUUCUUCGGGAUUUUUCUUUUCUUUUCUUUCUCUCCCUCGGCGGCGAUUUCCACGCCCAAAUCAUUAGUCCAACUAUUGACGGCGUGAGGCUAAUAAAAGAGGGAAAAUGUGAAACUGCGAGCCUUUUAAUUGAGUCCACUUUUUACCCGCCACUUGUGACUUUGUCUUUCCUCCCCUACAGUCCCUCAAGCAAAUUUGACCAUCCCCACCCACAAAACCUUUUUACUCUCCCCACUUUAAUCACAUUCGGCUCGCUUCUCUUUACCAUCUGA